CAGAACAGAGCGGCAGUAUACCAGUCGUCGGGGAGUAAAAACUGGGUGUUUAUCGUCAACCUUGUUUCCUUUAAAUAUAUUUUCAACAUCGUCAUCCUAUUCAUUUAUAUGAGGAACACGCACAUCACAGCUACGGGUUCGUCAUCAACAUGAAUUCUUCCAUUGAGAAUAGUACACCUACUGUGGAGUAUUAUUACUAUUACGAUGACAAUUCGCCAGAAGUGGUGUCGGUAGCCGCACCGUUCAUCGUGCCAAUGAUGGGGUAUGUCUACCCCAUUGUCGCCAUCCUUACUAUACUUAUGAACGGGCUGGUGGUGACCGUCUUCACCCGUAAGAUGAGGACACCCACCUCUAUCAUCCUAGUUGCGCUUGCUAUUUCGGAUACUCUGACGUGUCUUUGUAUGCUGCCUGACUCUGUGUACCUCUAUACCCUGAAGAACUACAAAACCUAUCUGCCUUACAGAUGGUGUGUUUACCGUCAUUACAUAGUUGGAGAUUUGUACAGGGUGACAAGAACAUGGUCGAACUGGAUCACUGUCGUUCUUGGCCUCCAGAGAUAUAUUGUUGUACGCCUUCCAUUCAAAGCUAAACAGAUAUCUUCCUCACGAAAUUCAAUUAUUGCGUGUGUUGUGGCGUGUGUCAUCGCUGUUACGGUUCAUCUGAAUUUGUUCCUCUUCAUUGAAGUCCAUCAAUUACCGGUUACCUCGGAGACAAACGAAACACUCCCAGAUGGAUGUUAUCUAACUGUUCCUGAAUUUUACAUUGAAGCAGUAGGAGACAUCGGAAAAGCUGUGUGGAUGUACUAUCUGAUAUCCGGAACUUUCUCCCGAUUUCUGCCAUGCCUUUUACUGUUAGUUUCUACCUGCCUGCUUGUUUACGAACUCCGGAAAGGUCAACGCUUUGUUGUCACCGCUUGUCAAAAUGCGUCAAGUAAGAGAAACACUAAACAAAUCACACAAUUCGUCGUAGCUAUUCUCGUUAUAUUCCUGAUUUCCGAGCUUCAUGACGCUGUAGCUUUCGGGAUAUACGUGUACGAGAUAGCCUCGGACAGGUUGGCUUCCAUCCUCACACAGAAGGUGGAUGCUAUAUGGGACUACACAGGAGUCAUGCUUUCUCUAGUUGGAUUUCAAUGUAAUUUCUGGAUUUAUCUUCUGAUGAGCUCUCAGUUCCGGUCUGCGCUGAAAAGUUUGUGUUUGUCUCCAUACCGCCAGGAGACCGAGACAACAACAACUUCGCAAUCCUAUCUUCAAGAAAAUCGUUCCUUAAUCAAAGUCACCAAGAUAAAUUCGGACAAAUAAUGACAAUCCAGAAUAUCUAAAUAUCAAUAGGCACAUUUAAAUUAAUUUUGAUAAUUGUCCAUCUAUCUUUGUGGAAUAGCAUUUUCCUCGUAAAUGUAGAUCUCGGAUCUCUUGUGGGCCAAACUCAAGUUGGAUUGGACAAUCACACUUUCGGAUGGAUUGUAAGUAAGGUUUUUUUAGUCCAUUCAAAGUUUAAAUCCUUUCCGCUUAAAGUAAAAAAUUUAAAAUGUAAAUAUGCUAUUAAAGUUUUAUUAAGUGUU